AAAGAAUCUAACCCCAAAAAAAUUUAAAAAGAAAAGGAAAAAGGAUGGGAUUGGGAUCGAGAUCGAAGUUCGUGCUAUUACAAUUGGUGUUAUUGUUGCAAUUGGCGUUUCUAGGUAAAGCUAAAACUGGUGGUGCUGCUGCUGCCGGCGGCGGAGGCGGUGUUUUAGAUCUCACGAAGUUGGGUGCUAAGCCUAAGGGUGAUAUUACUCAAGCUUUCACAAGUGCAUGGACGCAAGCAUGUGGAUCCACCGCUGCAACUAAAAUAUCGAUUCCAAAAGGAGAGUAUAAUUUAGGUGAAGUCAACGUCAAAGGCCCUUGCAAGAGUCCAAUUGAGAUUGAACUCCAAGGAACGUUAAAGGCUCCAAUUGUAACAAAAACAGAUGGAUGGCUUACUAUCGGAAAUGUUAAUUACUUAACAUUGUCGGGCAGUGGAGUUUAUGAUGCCCAAGGGAAAGAAAGUUGGAAAUUGAAUGAUUGCCACGUAAACAAAAAGUGUACCAUGCUUCCCAUCAGUUUUAGGUUCAACUUCGUUAACCACUCAAUAGUAAAGGGCAUAACUUCAUUGAACAGCAAGAACUUCCAUGUUAAUGUCAUGGGUUGCAAUAAUGUUACCUUCGACCAUUUCACAAUUACUGCACCAGAGGACAGUCCAAACACUGAUGGAAUUCACAUAGGUCGUUCCACCGGGAUUAACAUCAUCAGCUCCAACAUAGGAACUGGAGAUGAUUGUGUGUCUAUAGGAGACACAAGCAAACAAAUAACAGUCACARAUGUCACUUGUGGACCAGGACAUGGCAUUAGCAUAGGAAGUUUGGGAAAGUUUGAAGGUGAAGAGAACGUGGAAGGAGUUACAGUAAAAAAGUGCAAAUUAAUUAAUACUUCCAACGGUGUUAGGAUCAAAACAUGGCCUGGUACUCCUGGCACUGGUAGUGUCACCGACAUGCAUUUUGAAGAUAUUGAAAUGGUUAACGUUAGCAAUCCUGUCUAUAUAGACCAAGAAUAUUGUCCACACAAUCACUGCAAGAAAACGAGUCCAUCAAAGAUUAAGAUCUCAAAAGUUACCAUUAAAAAUAUCAAAGGCACUUCUGCUACUCCAGUUGCAGUCAAACUUGUUUGCAGCCAAAGUCAUCCAUGUGAAGGUGUAGAGGUAGCUGAUAUUGAUCUUACUUAUAAUGGAAAGGAAGGACCAAUUAUGUCUGAAUGUCUAAAUGUGAAACCUACUAUUUCUGGAAAGCAAAACCCUCGUGCAUGUGCUAAACCGGCCGCUGCUAAUUCUCCAUCAACUCCGUAAUCAAUUUCAUUGUGAGACUUUUAUAUAUAGAAAGCAAUUUGUAUCUUUUUUUACGUAGCAUUAUCAUUUUUUCCUCCUAAAAUUUUGUAGGUAUAUUUCAUUUCAUGUCGUGAAUUAUGUGCAUGGUUUCAAUAAUGUAUUUCUAUAUCAUGUAUCAUGAGAGUGAAACCAUAACUCUCAUGGGGUUAGAAAUUUUUUUUGAAUUCAAUGUUUGGAAGCAAUUMCAAUUCUAAAUGAAAAAGGACAAAAUACUCCAUUCAUAUGGGUUGGAAAAYUUUUACCA